AAAUAAACGAUGAAUGAAAAUGCACUAGACCGUAGAAUUUGUUCAUCACUUGUUACCGCUGUAAAGGAUUUGUGGUUGACCUUGAUUGAACAUGCGUAUCAUGCCAUAAUUAUGUAUAUUGCAUAACUGGGUGGAUGGAAAACGUCCACGCGGCGACAGAUGAGUGUUCAUUGUAAAUAAGGCUUACACGCGCUUGCAUUUUAGUUGCUGUGUCAAUUAACACAGCAUGUGGACUAUGUUUUUGUCUAUACUACUGAUGUACCUGGUACAUAAAUCAGCCACUUCGGUCAUCAACUGUAAACAAACUGAAAAAGGUCUAGAGUACAGAGGAACCAUAUCCUUAACUAUUUCCGGAAAAACUUGCCAGAGAUGGGACAGCCAGACACCACAUGCUCAUAACUAUGACAAAGAUUUUCCAGGAAACGCAAGUGUGCACGAAAAUUAUUGUAGAAACCCUAGAGCUUCAGAUGAUACAGUCCCUUGGUGUUAUACAACCGAUAAAAACAUACGGUGGCAGAUUUGUGGUGUCCCUUACUGUGAAGUGGACUUUUCUAAAUGUAAACUGACCAGUGAGGGCUUAGACUACAGAGGCAACGUUUCAAGAACAGCCUCAGGUAGAACGUGUCAGCGCUGGGACAGUCAAUACCCUUGGACCCACACCUACACUGAUUUGUAUGGAGGCAACAGUGUGCACGAAAACUACUGUAGAAAUCCGAAGGCUGGACAGGAUCCGACCCCUUGGUGUUACACAACAGACAAAGAUGUCCGAUGGGAGCUCUGUGAUAUUCCAGUUUGUGAAUGUAGAGAUACCCAAAAAGGAGAGGCAUACAUUGGGAAAACAUCUCAAACAGUCGAUGGACGCCAGUGUGUGAGAUGGGACAGCGUAGACGAUUCACAUCCGGAUUAUUCUAAUGCUAAGUUUUUGACAGGAAGCAAAAGUACUCAUGAAAAUUAUUGUAGGAAUCCGGACAAUGACAGAGCACCCUGGUGCUAUACUUCAACGGUUGGUGGAUCCUGGAAUUAUUGUAACAUUCCCUUUUGUAAAAUGAGUAGUGCAGAAUGUCGAAGAAGUCCAAAGGGAUUUGAUUAUUUUGGAACCGAGAAUAGAACUGUCGAUAAUAUAGAUUGCCAACGCUGGGAUACAGUAAAACCACAUCAACAUAGUUUCUCGAAAGGAUUUAUGGGACUCUCUGCCUCAGAACAUGAAAACUACUGUAGGAAUCCUGAUGACGAUAAAAUGCCCUGGUGCUACACCGUUAAUAGCACAAUAAGGUUUCAGUACUGCAACAUUUCAAAUUGUCCGGAACGUGACUGUAAGAUCACGGAAAAUGGUAUAAACUAUAGAGGAAAACAGCGAACGACUCGAGGUGGGAUUCAGUGUCAACGUUGGGACAGGACUUAUCCCCACGUACCUAACCCAUCAAUCAGUUUUGCAGCAUCAUCACUCUCCGCGCAGGAAAACUAUUGUAGAAACCCGGAUAGUGAACCAGCCCCGUGGUGCUACACAAUGAACCCCACUGUACGGUGGCAGAUUUGUGAUGUUCCGUUUUGUUUUAAUGAUUCCUACUCCUGUGUAUUUUCCAAAGAAAACUGUUCAUUUGAACAGCUAAAUAAUAACGCAAUUAAGUGGGUUCUUAAGGCAGAAGAAGGGAAAAAAACACGAGUUUUAACACUCGCAGAGGAUUUGCCAUCUGUACAGUCAGUAAUACCUUCAUUGAGAUUACCCAAAAUGCGAUUCACAAAAACCGGGAGUUGUUUACAAAUGAAUUACCGCAGCCGUGGAAUACGUCUGAAUAUAAGUACGGAUAAACAAAACUUGACUAGUCUUUCUAGCAGCGAUGAGUGGAAGCUCAUUAAAGUUAACAUUGACUACUCAAAUGAUACUUAUCAGAUAAUUAUGACACCAACUCCAAUCACUUCAUCAGUGAACUUUGCCAUAAAGGAUGUAUAUAUUAGUAAUACACCAUGUGAAGAUUGCUUUGCUUGCUUGAAUGAUGGAUCUUGCAUUGAGAAUGGAAAAUUUUGUGAUAUGAGUAUGGACUGUCUCGAUAACAGUGACGAAAAGAACUGUGUACUGGAGUGCUAUACUGAAAACAAAUAUGAAGGGUUUAGAAAGAAAACUAAGUUUCUUCACCAAUGCGCUGAUGCCGGCAAGUGUAAAUUUGACUCCCAAAGCAAAGGAAAACCAGGUUGCUCCAUUAAUUCUGAAAAGCAAUGGGAAGAAUGCAGCAUUCCAAAAUGUAAAUCAGAAACUUUAAAUUGCAAUUUUAAAAGCGAUAUGUGCAAUUGGAAAGUUGCAGAACGUGGAGUAAAAUGGAAUCGGCACACAUCUGAAAUAAAUGGCGAAGAAGUUAUUACCGCGAAAAUGUUAAAUAGCAAUGAGGAAAGAAGAGCUAUUUUAUAUAGUGCACCACAGCUUGUAUCAACUGACAUUGGUUGUUUAACAAUGUCUUACCUAGGAAAGGAUGUCCACUUACAACUCUAUAUAACUCAAGGCACCGUAUAUACACCAAAAACAAUGGUCUUUGAACGACGGGAUAUUGAUUCCAAACUUUUUGCUACAACAAGCAUUCAGACACCAACAAAUACUCCGUAUAUGGUUAUCUUGGUUGGAACUCUCAAGGCAAACCGAUCAGGUACUAUCCAGAUUGGAAAAAUAAAUUAUGAAAAUGGUAUUUGCGCAGACAAAGACCCAUGUAGCUUAACACAGUUUCAAUGUGAAGAUGGCAGUUGCAUUCCUGUUGGUGACUUUUGUAAUGGAUUAACUAACUGUGCAAACCAAGAAGAUGAAUCGGCAUGUAAAUACAACAACAACACAUCAUGUUUCGAGUACAACAGUGGUUGUCCAAAACGUUGUCCUGCUCACUGUCAGUGCAAUGGAUUCAUUUUUAAAUGCAGUUCCCCAGAAAAUGUAACAAAAGAAGUCAAGGUUCUUGACUUGAGCUCGAACUCUUUUAAUGUGGAAAGCCUUGAAAAUUUUGGCUUGCUCGUACACUUAAAUCUUUCAAGUUGUCUUCUAUCUAAUUUAUCAGGUUUUGCAAUACGAUUAAAUUCGUCGAGCCUUCAAAAUUUGGAUCUGUCUUACAACAAUAUUCGUAAUCUAGAAUUGAAAGCAUUUGAUGGAUUGCCAAACUUACUAUACUUAAAUAUCUCAAACAAUCAAAUCACAAGUCUUCAAAUGGGUUUCUUUCGGUUCACCCCAAAGUUGAGACAUUUGAUUAUACAAAAUAAUAACAUAACAGAAAUUCCAGUUACGGAAAGUUACAAUCGACUAAAUUCAAGUCUUGAGUUGUUAGAUUUACAGAACAACAAAUUGAUGACUAUUCAACCCAGUUCGCUUUAUUGGCUAAAGUCUGUAUCAAAAAUAGUUUUGCGCAACAACAAUAUCACAAAUACCGACCUCUAUUUUUCAAUAUCAAUGAAAAUGUUAUAUGAAUUAGAUCUAAGUUAUAAUUUUAUUCAAAACAUUACUGACUAUAUGUUCAAUGGUUUAAGCAGUUUAAGAUAUCUUAACUUACAAAAUAACCUAAUUGCAAUAUUAGAUGGAUUUUCAUUUUCAACACUAAACUCUUUGCGUACAUUGAAUCUUGCUUUUAAUCAGAUACAUACCAUAAAUAGAAUGGCAUUUGAAAAUCUAGUUUCGCUUACAAAAUUAAAUCUAACUGGUAACAAAUUAAGAACAAUAACUCCAAUAAGAUUUGUUCCCUUAGUAAAACUUGAGAUUUUAGAUUUGUCGGAUAACGGUUUGCGAAACUUGGAGUACGGUGCCUUUAAAGGACUGGAGUCAGUAAAACAUCUAAACAUACACAGCAACAAACUAACCGUUUCCAGGACCAUGUUCCAAGGCCUCUGUAAUCUCGAAUGGUUGCAAACAGAUUCUUAUAUCAUUUGUUGCGCCAAACCAUUAACCGUUGAUUCAUCGAAGUGCAUAUCGCCAAAGGAUAGUAUUUCGUCUUGUGAACAAUUGAUAAAUGUUGGAUUUCUUGCGCAGAUGAUAUGGUAUAUUGCUCUAUUCUCUGUGGUUGGAAAUGCAUAUGUUAUAUACUAUCGUAUUCAGGAAGGAAUGAAAAGCAACGCUUCACAUGGGAUCUUUGUCCUGCAUCUAAGUGUUUCAGAUUUUUUAAUGGGUGUGUAUCUGUUCAUCAUAGCCAUUGCCGAUCUGGAGUAUCGAAACGUCUAUGGAUUUAACGAUGGUGAAUGGAGAUACAGCACAGCCUGUACCAUAGCAGGAUUGCUGGCUACAACAUCUAGUGAAGCAUCAGUGAUUUUUAUAUGUCUCAUAACCAUUGAAAGAUACAUCGUUUUAAAGCAUCCAUUUUCUGCGGGAUUUGUGAAAAAAAGACGAGUGAUUCUUUCUAUUUCAUUCGUUGCUUGGUUGAUUGCUAUUUUGUUUUCCGUAAUACCCGUAUUAGUGUACCCCGACUUCUACAGCAGAUCCACAGUGUGCAUAUCAUUACCUUUAACACCAGAAAAAGUGUCUGGUUGGGAAUAUUCAACCUUUUUGUUCAUCGGAUUCAACAUGUUUAUUUUUAUGGCUAUUGUGAUUGGGCAAUUGCUGAUCUUUAUACAGGUCAAACGAAUGGGAAAGAAAAUAAAUAACGACAAUUCAAAACGGGAAAUGGCAGUUUUGAAAUCUCUGUCGUAUGUUGUUCUGUCAGACACAUUUUGCUGGAUUCCCAUUAUAGUUAUAGGACUUCUAGCAAGCGGAGGAGUGAAUAUUUCGUCGGACGUGUAUGCCUGGGUUAUUGUUCUCGUUCUACCAAUCAACUCAGCACUAAAUCCAUUCAUAUAUACGUUCAGCAUGAUCUUCAGACAGAAAAAGAAGUCUCCGAGAAGUCCUAGUGUCACCUUGUCAGGAAGAGUAAAUGGACAGCGACAGAGCAGCAAAUAACAGACAUUUGACUCAACAAUUGGCAAUAUGUUUACCUUUAUAUGUUGAAAGUGUGCUACAUAUUUAUAAAAUUAAAACGCUUUGUGAAGAUGAAUUAAAUCAAUUAUGAAUUAAUUUUUAUAAAAUCACAAAUUAUGUCAAUGUUAAUUUCCAUUUCAAUGAAUAGCAUCGUAAAAGGUAUUUAGGAAUACUAUUGUAUUGUAUUGUUUAUUGGUCAACAGCUGUACAGCUCAUAGACAUAUGCAAUUAAUAUACACAUGUUUCAAUACAUAUACUUGUCACUUGAAAAAAGGCAAGUUUAUACAUGAAGUUUUCUGAUUACAAAAGCAUUCUUAAUGUAUUUACCUUAAUUGCACAAAUCCUUUACAUUUUGUGUUGACAAUAAUAGAAUUUAGAGACAGAGGGUUUAAUAUGAUAAAACUUCUUAAGGAA